GAACUCGUUGGUGGAAGAUCCAACAUCUUAUAAUUUUCGUUUUAUGGUCAACUAGCCUCUAUCAUGUCGAACCGUGGUGAAUCAGAUACAGGUGCAAAGAAGAAAAAGGCUCCAAAAUCUAAAGGAAGCCGCGUAUCAAGUGAGCAGAAUGAAAAUAAUAACCCAGCAGUAGUGGUCACCAGCGAACCAGAUCCUAAUCAGUCAGCAGCGAAUAAAACUGUACCUGGGCGUUCAUGCAAGUCGUGCAAAGGACCGGAUUCAGGAGGAAUGGUACAGUGUGACGAUUGUGAUAAAUGGCAUCAUUUUACUUGCGUUGGGGUUUCCGAAGAGGUGGAAAAUCAAAACUGGAGUUGUCCGAAAUGCGUGUCCGCAAAAUGGAUCCAUCGAGAACGAUCCACCUCACCCAACCACCUUCAAAUAAAAGAUGCAAGAGAUCGUCCGAGUAAAUCCGACAAGCCAGCAGAUUCGGUUAACGAACCAAACCUGAUCAUAGAUGCUGCAUCAGGAAAGCCGUCGCUGAAAGGUUCCAGUAUUGGGAGUACUACAUCAUCUAGAAGAUCUUCAAGAACGCUGUUAAAGCUACAAAUGGAGAAACUGGAGGCAGAACGUAGAAUCGAGCGUGAAUUCCUGGACAAAAAGUUCGCCCUUCUGGAGGAAAUGGCCAGUGAGGGUUCUUCGUAUUCUUCAAGUGUCUCUUCAAGCAUGAACCGCGUACGGGACUGGGUAAAAAGUAACGAAGCGAAAGAAGAUUGUCCUGGUGGCUUGGUUUCGUUCGAACCCCAACGCAAUUCCACCCACUACCAACAGUCGUUACCCCCACCCAAUCCGAACUGUCUAUCUGCACAUCUGGAUCAGCUAACAAUUGGUCGUACGUUUUCGGUUAGAGGGAAUAGUCUCCGUCGCGAUGUAGAAUUGUCAGCUAAAUCGACCAUGCCAAACGACUACCGUCAGUCUUCAGCCGCUGUACCACCCGGACUGACUGGAAAUUGCAAUUUCCCGAGAGAGGCAGCUGGUAUACACUGCUCUGGAAAUCGUUCCCAUCAGAUGGACGAUGACCUAUGCCCGCUUAGCUCGAAACAAAUAGCGGCACGUCAAGCUAUAUCGAAAGAUCUUCCUGCUUUUUCUGGGAAAUCCGAAGAAUGGCCAAUAUUCUAUUCGACAUUCACUAACACUUCGGUGAUGUGUGGAUUCACAGACGCAGAGAAUGCGAUCAGACUACAAAAGUGCCUCACGGGAAGAGCGUACGAUGCUGUUAAAAGUCUGUUGAUGUAUCCGUCGAACGUGAGAAGAGUAAUAGCAACCCUCCAGAUGCGCUUCGGGCAGCCGGAAGCUGUUAUCCAUUCGCUAAUUGGGAAAAUCAAUGAACUGCCGAUGCUCAGAGAAGACAAAUUGGAGACAAUCAUGGACUUCGCGGUUGAGGUGCAGAAUUUCUGUUCGAUUUUGGAUGUCUGUGGUUUAGAGGAACACAUGUAUAACGUGUCUUUGCUUCAUCAGCUCGUUAGUCGACUCCCGCCAUCAAUUAAACUCGAUUGGGCCAGGUAUAGACAAACAUGUCCUAAAGUCAAUUUAGCCACAUUUGGCAACUGGAUGUACUCCCUGGCGGAAGCAGCAAGUACGGUGACCAUUCCAGGAAUACAAGAACCUAAAGCAGUGCGCAAUGACUCCCGUUCAUCAAAGAAAGGACCCGGUUUCCUCAAUGCUCACCUAGAAUCAGGAACGUCAGACUCCUACUCCCAAACGGAUAACUGUGGAAAAAACAGCGACAAAUGCCCCGUGUGUAAUGCUAACUGCACAAGCGUGGACAAGUGUAGACAGUUCUUGGAAAUGCCACGUGAGUCACGAUGGAUCGUAGUGAGAAACUGCAGUUUGUGUCGACGAUGCCUCCGCAAACACUAUGGUGAUUGUCAAACGAAGGUUUGCGGUAAGGAUGGGUGCUCUUUUAAGCACCACGAGCUUCUCCACAAAGAACAAAAACUCAAAGGAGAAAAGGUGUUUGACCAUAGUGAAUCGAAUCCAGAACAAACUUCUGCACGUCAUGGGUGUAACACGCACGGUUCCAAUUCCAGUGCUGUCUUAUUUCGCUAUCUACCAGUGGUCAUCUACGGCGACAGAGGUUCAAUUUGCACAUUUGCCUUCCUCGACGAUGGAUCGGAGUUGACUCUUCUAGAUCAAGACUUAGCCGACGAACUUGGGCUUGAGGGAGUGGAACACCCUUUAAGUCUUCGCUGGACGGGGGGAACCGAGCGCUUCGAAAAACAUUCACGUGUCAUCAAUGUGUCAAUUGCGGGUCAACAUGACGGAGCGAGGAAGUUCAAUCUGGAUGCGGUACGAACGGUGAAGGAGCUACAACUUCCGUAUCAAACACUGGACAUGGAUGAAAUGAGACGACAAUAUCCGCAUCUUCGAAGCGUGCCUAUUGAAUCAUAUGAACGAGUACGACCGAGAAUUCUCAUAGGCAUGAAACACAUUCAUGUGAGCUUGGUCUUAAAAGGCCUAGAAGGAAAACUGGACGAACCUAUCGCAACAAAAACGAGGCUCGGUUGGACCGUAUGCGGUGUGAGUUGCGAAAAUACUGCGUCAAGCUUGGUGCACUUCUCCUACCAUGUAAAAUCAAACGAAACGAGCGAUGAAGAUUUGCACCAGACAAUGAAGGAGUAUUUUGCUCUUGACAGUCUUGGAGUAAUGAAACCGAGUCAAGCACUUCUGUCAUCCGACGAUCAGAGAGCCUGUAAACUAUUGGAGUCCUCUACAGUCUAUAACGGAAACAGGUAUGAAACUGGACUUCUGUGGCGGAACGACAACAUUCGACUUCCCGAUAGCCGACCAAUGGCUAUUCGUCGACAUCAUCAUCUGCAGAAACGAAUGCAAAGUGAGCCUACGCUAGCAAAAGCCCUUAACGAAAAGAUACACGAUUAUCUUCAGAAAGGUUAUAUACGGAGGUUACAACCACACGAAGAAAACCUGCAUGUGAAGCGCUCCUGGUACUUACCCAUCUUUCCAGUCGUGAAUCCCAACAAACCCGGCAAAAUACGAAUUGUGUGGGACGCAGCAGCUACAACCCAUGGAGUGUCUUUAAAUUCUGCACUUCUGAAAGGGCCUGAUCAAACUUGCUCACUUUUAGCUAUCCUGCUCCAGUUCAGAAUGCAUAGGAUUGGGCUAACUGGAGAUAUACGCGAGAUGUAUCAUCAGGUACAAAUUCGCAGAGAAGAUAGACCAUGCCAGCGAUUCUUUUGGACCGACGAAUCUGGAUCGACAAUUGUGUACGAGAUGUGCGUAAUGACGUUUGGUGCUUCUUGCUCCCCGUGUAGUGCCCAAUACGUAAAAAACAUUAACGCUGAGCGGUACGCUAGUGAAUAUCCACAAGCAGCAGAAGUUAUCAUAAAGAAGCAUUAUGUGGAUGAUAUGCUAGUAAGCGUAGAAUCCGAAGAGACAGCGAUCCAGCUUGCACAGGAAGUAAAACACGUGCACGCUCAAGGUGGCUUUGAAAUCCGCAACUGGAUUUCCAAUUCCCGAGCGGUAAUUGAAGGCUUAGGACAACCUGAAACAACAACAAAAAAUCUAGAUCUGUGCUCCGCAAUUUCGACAGAGAAAGUAUUGGGCUUGUGGUGGUGUACAGAAUCGGAUACGUUUACGUACAAGGUCGGAUGGACAAGAUAUGACGAUGAUCUUCUGAAAGGACAACGCCCCCCGACAAAACGAGAAGUGUUGCGGGUAUUAAUGACAAUCUUUGACCCCCUUGGGCUCAUCGCUCAUUUCCUCGUAUAUCUCAAGAUUCUGCUGCAAGAGAUUUGGCGCUCAGGUGUACAAUGGGAUGACAAGAUUAGCAACGAUUUGUACGUUAAAUGGAAAGUAUGGCUUCGAGUGCUACCAGACGUCGAGCAUGUUCAAAUCCCUCGGUGUUACCAUAUUAGUUCCGCUACUGUCUAUGAUGUGGAACUUCAUACGUUCGUCGACGCAAGUGAAAAUGCAUUUGCCGCAGUAUCCUACGUUCGUUUUUCGUCUGGCGAUCAAAUAGAGUGCUCCCUAGUCGCAGCUAAAACACGUGUUGCCCCACUGAAGUUCCAGUCUAUUCCCAGACUAGAACUACAAGCUGCCAUUUUGGGUGUCCGUCUGGCUCAAACCGUCGUUGACUCCUUGUCGACACGGUUUAAAAGACGAAUCUACUGGACUGACUCAAGAGACGUCCUAUGUUGGAUCAAUUCUGAUCACCGCCGUUUCACCCAAUUUGUAGCACAUCGUGUUAGUGAAAUUCUCGACGCUACAGAAGCAAGCAGUUGGCGAUGGGUCCCGACGAAAAUGAAUGUUGCAGACGAUGCUACAAAAUGGGAGUCGCAAGCAGACCUGUCAAACGAGAGUAGAUGGUUUAACGGACCAUCGUUUCUGUGGGAAGAUGAAGUUGAAUGGCCAACACAACCGACAAGCAGCACGUCCACUAAGGAAGAACUUCGCUCCAGUAUGGUAUGUCACCUAUCAGCAUCAACACCGUUACUAACGUGCGAGAACUUUUCAUCGUGGAACAGGCUAGUGCGCGUGGUCGGCUUCGUCUACCGUUUCGCCAACAACUGUCGUAGCUGCAAUCCAAGUUUUCCAAAACGGAAAGGACCUCUCUGUUUGGAAGAAAUACGUAAGGCUGAGCAGUUCUGGUUCCGGCAAAUACAGCGUGAAGCGUUCACCGAAGAAGUAGAUGCCCUAUCUAAUCAAAAAGAAGUAUCAAGGAGUAGCUCAAUUUUCAAGCUGAGCCCGUGGCUAGAUAGUCACGGAGUGCUUCGAAUGCGAGGAAGGACAUCUCAUUGUGCAUUUAUCACAGAAGAAGCAAAAAAUCCGAUCCUUCUGCCUCGUGAUCACCACGUAACUAUGUUGAUUAUCUCCUACGUUCAUAACAAAUUUCAUCACCAUAAUCACGAAACAGUUGUGAACGAGCUACGUCAGAGGUAUUGGAUACCACGUAUCCGUGUUUGCUACGCCAAAGUUCGGCGAAAUUGUCAACGCUGCAAAAACGAACAUGCUGCUCCGUCUGCCCCAAUAAUGGCAGAUCUCCCUCCAGCUAGGCUGGCUGCAUAUGCAAGGCCUUUUACACACGUAGGAAUAGACUACUUCGGGCCUAUGGAGGUAGCAAUCGGAAGAAGAGUCGAAAAACGUUGGACGAUGCUGGCAACAUGUAUGACCACACGCGCUGUACACAUUGAGAUUGUGCAUUCCCUUAGUACAAAUUCAUGUGUCAUGGCUAUCCGUAACAUGAUUGCUCGGCGUGGAAUACCUCGCCGGAUAUAUUGUGACCGAGGAACUAAUUUCAUUGGCACUUGUAGAGAACUGGGACGAGUAGCAGAGUUGCAAAAUCUCGAAGCCAUCAUGAGCGAGUUUGGCAGUGCCGAAAUAGAAUGGUCCUUCAACCCGCCAUCAUCACCUCACAUGGGUGGGAGCUGGGAGCGGUUGAUUCGCAGUGUGAAGGAUAAUUUGAAAUCAUUGAAUCUGCCUCGUCGCCCAUCUGACGAGGUACUUCGAAACGCAUUAACGGAAAUCGAAAACACGUUAAAUUCAAGACCUCUCACGCACGUGCCCAUCGAGGAUCACGCUGCCCCCGCUCUCACUCCCAACCAUAUACUCCUAGGAAGUUCCAACGGCAUCAAACCACUUUCUACCAUCGACGAUAGUAAUGCAGCUGUGCGCCAGUGCUGGCGGACAUCGCAAGUAAUAGCUAAUCAAUUCUGGAAACGUUGGCUGUCGGAUUAUUUACCGGAAAUAACACAAAGAGCUAAAUGGCAUACGAGUUGCGGACCGCCAAUAAGGAUUGGCGAUGUAGUUAUUAUAGUCGACCCGAAGCUGCCACGAAACUGCUGGCCAAAAGGGAAAGUGAUUGAUACGCGUAACAGCAAAGAUGGAGUAAUCAGAUCUGCCACCGUCCGGACGACCCAUGGUGUAUACGAACGACCUGUGGUUAAACUAGCGGUGUUGGAUGUUCUGCGCGACGAAGAGUAAGUUGGCCUAGUGGCCAACGUACCCGGGGGGAGUGUUGGCAGACCCCUGCUGCCAGCGCGCACCUACUUCGUAUCAACCGUGGAUCUACGCACACCAACAGAAGGAUCGAUAGUAACUCAUAGGCGUCAGGUAUCAUAGCUGUCAAACCGUAAGUAAACAGAGAACAUAAGGAGUACCGCAUGCUUCGCUAAGAAUUCUUGCCGUUAUUUAAACAAACAUUUACAGUUAAUUUGUAGUUUUAUUGAUUAUAAUAUUGCCUGAUAUAUAUUGAACUACUUACAAAAUUAGGUAAUAUAAGUGAACUAAAUAAUUUGACAAUAUUCCAUAAUAAUUAUUACUUUGCUCGUGCGAUAGGUGAUCUGAUGUAAAUAUCCGCUAUAACCUGAAAAACUUAAUAUCUACAGAUUGUUCUAAAACGUUAAGCUAACGACCACAACGAGGCUACACUAGGCGAACAUUCAAGGGACUAAAACGUAAGUUCAAAGUUAUUAUAAGCUGUAUGUACCUAUAUUACGAUGAAUUACUCAGAUGUAAAAUUGAACUAUCAAGUGAAUUUGCUGUGUAUCAUGAAGCAUUAACUUCUAUUACAUAAAAUUACUGUUUCCCAUUAGGAAAAUUAUAACUAUCCGCUCCAACAACACUCAGCUAUUGUGUUUUAUUACGGUGGUUAUA